AUGAAUAUUUCGGGGGGAAUUAACACAGUAUUAUGGUUAUAUUGUAUAAUUAUUGUUACAGAUCCUUCAGAUUGUAUAACAGUUUGUAAAAAGAACAACUUUGCAUGGUCAGCUAUAUCAAAUGACUCGUUUUGUUUCUGUGGAAAUAAUUUACCACCGAAUACAGAAUUAUAUAAUUCAAGUUGCUUAUAUUCAGAAACAAUAACUGUCUAUAAGACAGAAUCAAAUGUUUAUAUAGGUCCAUUUGAGAUUACAACAACAGGUUUGACAGUUAAACAAAUUGGAGAUACAAUCUCAUUAAAUUUUGUAAUACCAACAGAAUUUAAAGUUUUACCUGGUGUCAAAGUUUAUGAAUUCGAUUAUGGUGAUUCAAUACAAACUACAGAAAAUAUCUCAGAUAUUACUAUACCACUAGUAAUAAGUUACAAUGCACCAGGUCCUGUAUGGCCAACAUUGAGGGCAAGAAAUGAAGAUGGUACAAUUACUGGCUCAGCAAGUUUAGCAUUAAUGAUUUAUGAACUGAUAACUCCGGCUGAUAUUACGCUUAACUGCCCACUACUUGUCAUGAGUGGAUCUGUAUUCACUUGUCAAUUGAAUUGCAAUAAAGGAAGUCAUAUACAAGGAACUGUGUCGUUUGCAAACGAUUGGCAAGAUGCAAUCUCAUUACCAGAACCAAAUUAUGACUGGAUAGGACUGCCUCCAAAACGUAUGAAAGAUACAAUGAUAAAUUAUAACACAAACAAGUUAAUCAUCACUGGUUCACAAGCUCGCUAUGAUGGAACAAUCAGUACAAUUCAAAUACAUGCACUUCUAUUAACUGAUAUCACCUUUUAUCUUUUACGCGUUCAAUGCACUAGUGGUAUGUACAAUUUUGAAACCAAUAGCUGUUCACCGACCAACAAUCAUAGCGUAACGUGUACAGUAAAUCAAGUGUUUUCUGGUUUGGUCCGGGAUUGCGUUAACAUAUCAUCAUCCGAUUGCGGUAAUCUACGACAACUGAAAUUAGAUAAACCUAUAAUUGUUGAAAAUUAUAAUUAUCAAGUGAUAGGAAUUUAUACGGUCAAAUUAACAGUUUUGGGUUGGCAGAGUAUUAAGUUGCCUUCAGUAUGGAGUAUUCAGUCAGGUGAUCGAAUAGGAUUCACUAGUAUCUUAGCAGGAAGUAUUGGAUGUGCUCCUUCCUCAUCAUAUGAAGCUGAUGAUUUAGAAACCUUGACAACGUUUUCUGGAACUAAUGGAAGUUCUGUAUUAGGGAGUAGUCUAAAGCGUUUGACUUCUCUACGACAUCAGAUUGGGGCUUGGAUCAGGCCAACUCAUGAUGCAUUAUUGACUGGAUAUAUAAAUACGACAGGGUAUCAAGACGUCUCACUUCAACUGUACAGUUACUGGGGCAAGAACUAUACAUUACCGGCUCUCAUUAAAACCACUAUUUUGAUAGAUGAAAUUAUAAAUGAAACUCAGCUAAUAUUAAACGUAUGUGCUACAGGAAUACAAUGUUCAUUAGAACUCAAAAGUCAUACAGGCAAUAAUGUCACUUAUGUUUGGGAUUUUGGUGAUGGUACAGCACAGAAAACAACAUCAGUUAAAAUGGUGCAAUACACCUACAGUACUGCUGGUAAUUAUAAUUUGACCGUCAAUAUAAGCAACAGUAUCCAGUACAAAAUAAUUGUACAAAAUGUGACUGUGAUAGAGAAAUUUGUGUUUAAUGAAAUACAAGGAAAUCAGUUUGCUGAAUUGAAUGGAAUAACCACUCUAAAAUUAAGUAUAUCUGGAAAUCGAUUUAUAUGUUCCUGGUAUUUAAACGGUGUUUUGUCUAAAAAUGAUAAUAUGACACAAUUUGAUUAUAUACAUAUUCAAAGUGGUAUGGUAGUCUGGAAUGUGACUUGUCGAACUCCUGUGGAGACUAUUAGUAGAAAACUGGAACAAUUUGUACUGGAGCGUUUGACAGGACUUUCACUUGUAACCAAAAGUUUACAAGUGGCAAAACCAGCUGAGAUUGUUUUUACUUUCAUAACUGGGAAUAAUUUAACAGCUCAGUUGACUUUUUUGAAUCAAGUUUUAAAUACACGUAUUGAUUAUGUACAUAAAACUAUCACAUCUGAACUGGUGAGUGUGUCACAGACAGCGUCUGUAAACUACAGCUUAUGGACAACCAAUUCACUUGGUUCAAAUUUAACUACUGGUCAGAUACAGUUUGAUGUACCAGUACUUGGCAUGAACAUACAAGUUGAGCCAAAUUACGUUGGCCCUUCUGAAAAUAUGAUUUUUCGUGUUUCGUUUCAAGAAGGCACAUCAAUUAUUUUGACUGUUAAUUAUGGGGACGGUGAAGUAAUCCAGCAAUCUGCUAUACAGUCGCAAACAUGGCCAAAAGAUUAUCAGUUAACCAAAAAAUAUUUAAACACCAGUGAGUACACUGUGACAUUUUCAGCAUCCUCAGGGGGUAAUACAGAGAACAGGACAGUCCGUGUUUAUGUAGUUGAUAAGAUUGGGGUUUACGCGGCUCAAGUCAUUACUGAAUAUGUAGCUGUUAACGAUCCGGCAACUUUGAAGAUGACAAGGCAAUCUGGAAAUCCUGCAGUGUUAGCUAAAAUAAGCUUAGAUUGGGGUGAUAACAGUCAGUUCACCUUAGACGAUUUCCGCGAAGGUGAUGUUUACAGUCAUAUUUACAAAAGUGAGGGGGAUUUCGGAGUUACCGCCUUACUUACAAAUCCAGUUGACCAAAAAGUUCUUGUUACCACAUUUAAAGUUAGGGCAAGAAUUGAGAAUUUUGGUUGUCAAGUUGCACCAAAUCCAGUUGAGACAGGAAAACUGUCAGUGAUUUCAGUGAUUUACAAAAGUGCACAAAAUGUCAUCAUCAAUGCCUUGUUAAAUAACGGAACAGAUUCCAAACAAUUCAACGUACCAGCACCGAAAUUAACAGAGAUAAAUUACAACUAUCCUGUUGCCGGUUUGUAUUAUGAGGAAAUACAAGCAGUAAACUUAGUCAGUAACCAGUCAUGUUCACUUAUAGUUGAUGUUCGGAAUAAAAUAGUAAAUAUGGAUAUCGUAUAUGGCGGUCAUGCAGUAUAUCCACCUGGGUCUGUCACAUUUACUUUAACGUACACUGGAUUAGCUGCCAAUUUUCCAACACUAGCUAAAUAUAACGUGGUAUGGGGAGAUGGUAGUGCACCCUCAGAAGGAAUGUUAACAUUGGCAAAUCAACCAGAAAAAAUUAGUCAUGUUUUAGCUGAUUUAAAUUACUUUCAAGCUUCUGUUACCUUGGACAAUAUUAUAAGUAACAUGACAAAAAAUACUCAGAUUGCCGCUUUUGGUUUAUUCCAACAAAUUGAUUUAAUAAUAACAGUUGCAUCUACUGGUGAUCCUGGUUAUGGAGUAGAUAGUAAUUUAUAUCCACUUGGAGUUCAAUUAAAAUUUCAAGUGCUUGCAAAUGGAAAACCAAAUAAUGUGGCUAAUAUCACUUAUUCAAUUAUAAAUAAAACUAAUAAUCUAAUACUGGACUCAGGAAUUGUUUGGAAUAAUUACUUUUUCUACACAUUUACUAAGUUUGGAGAAUAUAAUAUUGUAGUAUUGGCUUCAAAUCCAGUGAGCACGAAAUCAACUUCAAAAGAAAUUUCAAUUAGAACUUCUAUACGUGGGUUAAAAGCUUAUCUUGUUGGUAAUGGUAUGUUGGAACCAAAUCAACAAGGUAUAAUACGUAUUUCAUUUGAAGCUUAUCCAAACGAUGCGUGUUUGUGCAUAGCAAAAUCAGAUGGAGUUGGUCCAGUUUAUUAUCCGAAAUUAACAGAUCCAACAUCUUUCUGUUCAUUAUGUCCCAGUUACUUACGUUUGCAAGAUGCACCAGUCAAUCUAACAUUUUCAUUAAGUGUUCAAUAUGGUUUAAGCGGACCUCAGUAUGUAUCUAUCCAGGCUAUUAGUGGAUCAGAAAUAGUCGAUACUAAAUUAUAUAUCCCUGUCACAUUUUCAACCUGUCCUCCACCUAAAAUAUCUAUGUUGAAUGCAUUAUCACAAUUAACAAAUUAUCCAAUUAAAGCAAUUACCUCCGAAAUUAUAAAUAUUGAAGCAAUACUUACCGUACCAAAUUGUUUGUUAUCAGUACCGAAUGAUAAACUAUGGACUUUAUACUCCAUUGAUUUAGAUACUACACAAACAUUGGGACCAAUCUCAUUAUCUCAAGAUCUUAGUUCGAAAACACUAAGACUUGGUUUACCUGCUAAUUUUCUUCUACCCGGGUCAUAUAAAGCUACAUGUUCAGUGCAUUUUACUCCACCUCAAGGAGUACCAUAUAUUGUCUCAGAAAGCGCAUAUAUAAUAGUUGUCCCACCACCAUUAUUAGUUCAGUUCGAUGUGGGUAAUCCAAUCAGUAAGACGAUUGAUUUAUCUAUGGAUGAGAUAUGUUUAAAACCUGAGGUUUAUUCACUUGAUCCUGGUAUGAAUAACCUAAAUGUUCCACAGGGUAUCGGAUCUUGGAUAUGGUAUUGCAGGCAAGUCGGUGAAGAACUGUCAGGAAAGUUGAUUUUGCCCAAACCUCCGGGUUAUCAAUAUAAUGCAGAUUAUACUGGUUGCUUUGGUGAUGGUCCAGGAGUAAUUGAUACAAAUAAUGGUACUCUGUGCUUCACAACGGAAAACUUGAGAAUAAAUAAAACAUAUGAAUUUACAGUCUUCGGCAGUAAACCACCCAAACGGAUUGGAAAAGCUACAAUGCAACUGUUGACUACAAAUGAAGUAACCCCAGUCUUUACAAUAAGAUGCAGCAUACCUUAUCUGUGCUACAAUCUAGAAUUUGACUCAUCCAAUUUAACCAGUUGGUUUAUUCCUGAAUCAGAUGAUCUCUAUGUGACAGUUUUUAUUGAGUUUGGAACCCUAAGCCCUGAUAUGAAAUUUAAAUGGAAUAUUAGAGAAAUGAAUUCAGACGGCACACUUUUACCAUUCGAUCAAGUUCAACAAGAUACUUAUACAGAAGGGACAUUUACAUCAUCAUGGCGAAUAAAAAAAGGGUAUUUUGUCAAUAAGUCAAAUGAUGUCAACGGAUGUAUUGUGUGUGCUACUUUAACUAGAAACACUGACAUAGGAACAUCUUGUUUACGAUUCAGAUAUUUGCCAAGACCCACACCAGGUAUAUGUACAUAUACGUUAAACGAUACAAAUAUGUGUGUAAACUGCGUAAACUUCACUAGUAUUGUUAGUCCACUGACAUAUACAUUCUUUCUUAAGAAUUCAUCUAUCAAAAUUGUUCUUGCAAGUGGAAAUCUUCCUAAAACAUGUUUCGUUGUACCAUAUAUGUAUAGUCCAUUAGAUGCUUGUGUUUAUGUUUCUGAUAAAUUUGGGGGUUCAAUAGAAGUAUGCUAUGCGAAUAUAUUUGUUCAAGCAAAAUCACUGGAUCUUAUGCGUGCCGCAAUACAAUCACUUGUAGAAGACAAAAACACUGAAUUAAAUAGAUUGAUUGUUACUGGACAGUUGACAGAAAGUGCUGAUCUAGUUACCAGUUAUGCAUCUGCUGUGCAAAUGUUCUCUACUCUUGAAACUCGGAACUCCACUAGUGCAAAUAAUACCUCAGAUGCAAUUUUAAAUCGUGAUUUACGUUCUGCGGUUAUUCAAAUGCUAGUAAAUGCUGUCAAUAAUUUUGUACCGACUGAUUCAAAUUCAUUCAUUUUAGCAAUGUCAUGCACUGAGAAUAUACUUGACAAUACAUUAGACGUGGAUAGAAGUUCUCAGUCAAAAUUAAACACAUAUUUUACAAAAGUAACUGAAUCUUUAGAAACAAUUGUUUGUGAUAAUACAAAUCAAUUGUUAAAAAUGACCUCAAGUAUAUUUCAAUCAGCGCUUCUUUUAGCUAAUGCUGGAAAUAGUCAAAUUAAUAACCCAAUCUCUCUAGACAUACCGACAGAUCCAGCCAUACUCGAUUACAAUGUCGAUCUUGAGAAGGCAGGUCUACAGACAUCAGGUUUAGAUCCUAUGAAUGAUUUAAUGUUACAAAAUAGUGCAGAUCAACAAUCAUUACUGGUUGGCCAGACAUUAGAUAUGAUCCGUAAUUUGAUGACCAUAUCACAAAAAGUCACACAACGUUUGUUAAUUGAAGGUGCACCGCCAAUAACAUUUCAAACGUCAAACGGUUUGAUUAGUCUUUCUAAGAUUUCACCAAAUAAUCUGUCAAAUAGAAUUGCUGUAUUAGAUAGAAGUCAAAAUGAUGUUUUUGUAAACAAUUUAUGCAGAUAUAUUCAAGCUUUAAAUGAAAGUUGUUCAGAACCAUAUAACCUUCAAACAUUCAUAUCAAAUACGAACCUGUUCUCAUUUCGUACUGGUUCACCUAUACCAAUUCCAUUUCAUACUGAGACUAUUUCAUUGAUUUUAUACAAUAACAAACCAGUUAUCAUUAAAAAUGUCAAAGAAAUAGUUGAAGGAAUUGUUCAUAGGUUAUCAAACUUCAAACAUCCAACCUUUACAAGUAUGGAUCCAGGAACAAAUCGACCGCAACUACCAGCUGCACGAAUAGCUGUGGAUAAAACGGAAAUUUAUCAAGCUCUUUUAAUGAGUCAUCAGGUAGUACCAAAUGAUGUAGCUGUAUUUUUCCAGUUGUACCCUGAAAAUAUUUCUGAAUGUCCACAAUAUUUACUGUUUCUAAGAUACAGUGUUGCAUUUGGUUUGGAUACUGACUAA